AUGCAGAUGUUGCAAAUCGAAGGCGGGCGAAGAGAUGCGGCAUCACCCACUUCACUUCCGCGGAGCUGCUCCGCCUUUCCUCCCCUCACCUCUCACCCAUUUCCUUCAACUUGCCCAAAGCUAUUGGACUGGGCGCUCAGAAACUGGAAAGAUGGAAACCAUUUCCAGGAUAUCCUCGAUGCUGGAAACAGCACCGACUUUAAUUCGCGAGCAUACAGCCCAGCGCUCAUCAAGAAGCUCCUUGACAGUCGCCAUGAGCGGGAAGUCCUGGAUGGAAUGCGGAGGGUCAUCUCAUUGAUGUACCGGUCGGAACCCUCUCUUACGUUCUUUUCGGCAGUUGUCAAGAAUGUGGCCAGCGCCAACCUUGAAGUCAAGAAAUUGGUUUACAUCUACUUGGUCCAUCAUGCGGAGACGGAGCCGGAUCUGGCACUACUGUCCAUCAACGCAAUCCAGAAAUCGCUGACCGAUUCAAGCCCACAGGUUCGAACAAUGGCGCUUCGGACUAUGUCUGGAAUCCGGGUUCCGGUGAUCAGCCAGAUUGUGUCGCUGGCCAUCAAGAGAGGAUGCGGGGAUAUGAGUCCCCACGUGCGCAAAGCGGCCGCUUUGGCUAUACCAAAAUGUUAUCGUUUGGAUCCGAACACGCUACCACAAUUGAUGGGUUAUCUUGAGACACUUUUGGGCGAUUCUCAAUAUUUCGUCGUUGGGCCCGCAGUCGCGGCAUUUCUGGAUUUGUGUCCAGAUGAGAUUGACCUAAUUCACAAAAACUAUCGCAGCUUAGUUAAGAAGCUGGUUGAUAUGGAUGAAUGGGGCCAGCUAGCAACUUUGCGUCUGCUGACAUUUUAUGCGCGAAGAUGUUUCCCUCAACGAACUCAGAAGGUUAAGCGCGCAGCCCCGGAGGCAUUCUACGAUGAUGAAAAGCAACAACAAGAGACCCAGAAUGAUGCCCAAGAGUACGAAGUUCCGGUGCUGGAUCCUGAUCUUGAGCUUCUACUCCGAGCCUGCAAGGUUCUACUGCAGAGCCGAAACUCCGCCGUCAUUGUCAGCGUUGCUCGUUGCUUCCUUUACCUUGCUCCAUCGGAAUACAUUGCAUCAGCGGUUGGUCCGCUUGUAGCUCUUUUACGAACCCCGCAGGACAUGCAAAUCAUCGCUCUGUACAACAUUGUUGCCGUUGCUCUAAGAGUUCCCAAGCCUUUCGCGAAAUACACAGCCCAUUUCCUUAUCCACGCCAACGACCCACCGCAUAUCUGGCGUCUCAAACUAGAAGUGCUAACCAUCCUGUUUCCGCAUUGUGGAAAACACUGGAAGGGGGUCAUAAUCAGCGAACUAGAGCACUUCUCUAAAGGCGCAGAUCCUGAGUUGGUACGGGAGUGUGUACGAGCAAUUGGGCGUUGCGCGCAAGGGGACACAAGUGCCACAAGCAUGUGCCUACGAAUUCUUCUCGACCAAAUUUCCAGUCCAGACGGCAACCUUGUGUCGGAGUCACUGACUGUCAUUCGUCACUUGAUCCAACAAGAUCCAUCCUCACACAAAAAUACUGUUCUCCAGCUUGUCAAGCACCUAGGCUCAACAACACAUCCAGACGCACGAGCAACUAUUAUCUGGUUGGUUGGCGAGUUCGCUGGAAUUGAACCUGAGAACAACAUAGCGCCUGAUGUCCUCCGCAUCUUGAUCAAAGGCUUCGCAGAUGAGAAGGAAAUUGUCAAACAGCAGACUGUUCUCCUCGGUGCUAAGGUCUAUCUACACCACCUCUUGCAGAAUCCACCAAAGGAGCAGCCGGAACAGCUUGCAUCGCAACCAUUCCUCGAAGCCCCCGCUCAAGCCCAGCAAAAGUUCCACAACGAAUGGACUGACAAUGGGAACGAUGAACCGCAAGAUGCGGGGCGAAAUGACGAGGGAAAGGAGAGUCGCCAAGAAAAUGACGGUGCUGAAACAAGGGAAACAGAGGAAGCAACCGAAGACCGUAUUACGUUAUUAUGGAGGUAUCUCCUCCUUCUCGCACGCUAUGACACUUCCUACGACCUACGUGACCGCGCACGUCUCUACAAGAGUCUCCUGGAAACCCCGUCUUCCACUCAACUUGCCAACCUCCUUCUCCUGGCACCAAAGCCAGUACCCCACGCCCCCAGUCCAUCCGAGACGCGCAAGGACCUGCUCAUUGGCUCCGCUACACUUGUCGUCGGCCCCGACGCUGGUUACCACGGGCUUCGAGGCUACACAAAUCUCCCAGACUGGGUUGAGCCAGGCCAUGAACCCGAUCCCAGCCUCCGCACCGAAGAUGUGAAACCAGACACAUCCAACAACACCACCACCACCACCAUGACUGCGGGUGACCGACUUGAUAAAGCACUUCGUGAACACAAAACUACUUCUGUUCCAAGCCGGGCCCGGAAUGGUCCGGCUACGUCUUUAGACCCGGCUGGGAAGAAGACUCUUGAUCAGUGGCUACAGGAGGAAACCGAGACAGAGUCCGAAACGGAUUCCGAGGAAGGCGAAACUGACUCGGAGGAAGAGGAGACAGACUCGGAAGAAGAAUCUGGCUCGGAGGAAGAAAGCGACUCUGAUGAAGAGACUGACUCUGAAACAGAAGCUGUUCAUAAAGAGGCACAGCAGUUGCUUCGUUAA